AUGUCGCAAGAAGGCCAGGACAUGGCGGGCGAAGAACCAUAUCUUGUCCAUAAUGGUUGGACUCGCGAAUUGGUGGUCACACAGCCCGAACACGUCCAAGAGUUCUACCGGAAAGAUGGGAAGGAUCAUAUGAAAGGGAAGAACCUAAAUCUGGGUGAUGCCUUCGGCCGGCUCCUCGGAAGAUCAGCCGGAGUCCAAGGCGGACGAAAGUGGGUAGCCAUUCGUGCCCAUUUUGACCCAGAAUUUUCGCAUUCAUCGAGUGUCUAUAUGUCAGACAUAUUUGCUACAGAGAUAAGUCAAUGGGUGACUGAACUGUCUCAAGGCUCUGCGGACAACCCUCAUCCAAUAUCGAGGUUUGUUCGGAAUGCAGCAGAGGCCUGUCACUUCCUACCAUUUCGGUUGAUAGCAUUGACAGCUUACGGAGAUGCUCUGGAUACGAAGACAUACCAAGAACUAGUUCAUCUGAACGACCUACAUGAGCCCCUGAUGCUUGACGCGAUAUUUGGCAAAUGGACACCAUACAAGCUCUUUAAUUUCCUCCCAACCGAGUUCAGAUCCCGUUUGAAGAAAUUCGAACGGUCUUGGGAGCGACUCAAUGACGAAGUCCUUGCGAAAGCGCGAGAGUUCCUACAAACGAUGUACGAGCUGCUGUACACAAACAUAGACGUGACCUCAACCGUGACAUCUUUUCUGCUUCUCAACAUCUCUGCGAAUCAAUCAUUCCAAUCAAAACUGAGGGAGGAGAUUCAAGCACGCCAGAAUGAGCCAUCUUAUAAAUUGAUGGACUACGUGGAGAAAAAGGAUACGCUUCUUCACUAUGCAGUCAUGGAAUCUCUUCGUAUGAGUCCUGCGCUAUGGUUCUCUCUACCAGAGAAAACGGCAACAGACAAGAUCAUCGGAGGCUACCAUAUCCCUGCUGGUACACCAACCAUCAUCGACUGGAAGCGUUUGAACACGACGCCUGAGAUCUGGGGUGCCGAUAGCGAGGUAUUCUGCCCUGAGCGGUUUGCCAGUAUCUCGCCUACAGCGUAUCGGUAUGCGUUCCUGCGCUUCGGAAUUGGAAGUAGGCGUUGUAUGGGUCAGAAUAUCGCCAUUGUUAUGCUGAAGAUGGCGGUUAUCGAAGUGCUAAAACGCUAUUCCAUGAAAGUGGGCUACGAUAGCGGUAUCAGAAAUGAUCGGUUCACAGUAACAUCGGAGGGAGAGAUUGAAUUUAUGUCGAUCGAGGGAGAGGAUUGA